AUGUCUGCUGCCGAUAUCGACCCCGCCCAGCGGCUCAAGGACCGCAAGCCGAUCCCGAAGCCCGUCCCGGCUUAUCUCGCCACGGCCGGAUCACCACUUACCGUGGACAAGGUGCUUUACGAGUCCGCGCAGAAGGCUCCUAGAGUUCUGGUGGAGGAAUUUACCUUGCCCAUUCGUUCUGGUAAGGCGUGGAAAGCGCCUGCUGGUUCCAUUUUGCACGCAAGUCACGUCUCGGUUGGCGACCGUCUGUGGUCAAACCUACCGUACAUCAGACCCCUGGUGACCAUCAUCGCGGAUACGCUGGCAUGGUACGGCAAGGAUGAGCACGGCGGACGCGUCCACGACUUGCUCGGCACGCGAUGUGACCCGUAUAUCAACAGCAUCCUUAGCGGAGGAAGCUACGAUUUCCAGUGCCACUCGAACCUCACUCGCGCCGUUAUCCCACACGGACUGAACGAGAGCGAUGUUCAUGAUGUUAUCAACAUCUUCCAGUCAACGGGGCUGGAUGAGCAGGGCCGGUAUUUCAUGAACCCCUGCCCGGCUGGACCAGGUGAUUAUAUUGAGUUCCUGGCAGAGCAAGAUGUUCUCAUGGCUUUGAGUACUUGCCCCGGAGGUGACUUAUCGCUGUGGGGAUUCGGCGAGGAUAGUGAGGAGGAGAUGAUCAAGUGCUGUAGGCCACUAAAGGUUGAGGUUUACAAGUUGGAGGACGAGGGACUGCUGCAGCGUGGGGGAUGGAAGCCUGCGGAGGUUUCGCCGUACAAGGGGCGACAUGGAAUGAACAUUCCUCUUGGAGAGGUGCGCAAUUGA